UGAACAAAAUAUUUUAAUUUGUUGACACCCACUUUUUCAGCUAUAAAAUCCCAGCCAAAACACCUUCUUUAACCCCUCUCUCUUUUUCUCCCUCCUUUUCUCUCUACAUUUUCCUCAAUACUCUAUUUGCCAAUUAGCCAAAGCCUCUCUUUUUUUGUUCUUGAAAUCUCCACCACCCAAUUUUUUUUUUUUAUUUUUGUGUUCAUUUUCUUUUGUUGUGAUCAGGCUGGACUCUCAACAAGGGAAAAAAGCCUUGUCAUCUUUAUUUUUUCUACUAACAAAAUCAUACAAGGGGUUUUAUUUUUGUUCUUCUAAGCUAAUCUUGAUGCUACCCCAAUUAUUUUUAAUCUUUGAAAUUCAUGUCUGCAAUUCUCAGUGAACUGUUUCUUUCGGGGUUUAUGAUAAAUUCCACAUAUAGGCGCAGGACCCAUUUGGUGCAAUCUUUCUCUGUUGUUUUCCUUUACUGGUUUUACUUCAUCUCAUAGCCUGCCCCCUAUAUUCACCACUACUUUUAUAUAUUAAUUAAUUAAUUAAUCUUACUAGUAUUUCUAUAAAUAAGAAGAAAAAAAUAAUUUAUAUAUUUUUCGUUGUACUUUUGUUUCUAAAAUCAAAAACUCCAUCUGGGUCCUGCUAGUUUUUCUCUAAUUUUAAUUUUUCUUGAAAAUUUUUGGUCAUGGCUUCUUCAAGUGGUACAUCAUCAGGUUCAUCAUUUCUUCAGAACUCAGGGUCAGAAGAAGAUCUUCAGCUGUUAAUGGAUCAGAGGAAGAGAAAAAGAAUGAUAUCAAACAGGGAAUCAGCAAGAAGAUCAAGAAUGAGAAAGCAAAAACACUUAGAUGAUUUGAUGGCCCAAGUAUCAACACUAAGAAAAGAGAAUGACCAGAUAUUGACAAGUAUGAAUGUCACAACACAGCAUUAUCUUAAUGUUGAGGCUGAAAAUUCAAUCUUGAGAGCUCAAUUAAGUGAACUUAGCCAUAGGCUUGAGUCACUUAAUGAAAUCAUUGCAUAUAUGGAUGCCAACAACAACAACAACAGUUGUAGUAAUGGUCUUGCUAUGGACCACAAUGAGCCAUAUAGCUUCAAUUUUGCACAAAGUGACACUGUGGUUGAUGGGUUCAACAUGACCAAUUCCUGGAACUACUUCUGUUCUAAUCAGCCCAUUAUGACUGCACAUGUCUUGCAGUACUGACGUGACAUUGUUAGUCGGCCCAAUGAAUUUCGAAUACUCAAGUCAUUCCAGAUAUCGAUCAGAUGGUUGGUUGAAGAGAAAAAGAAUCCUCUUUUUUCAAGCAGUAGAUCUAAGAUUUAAAAAAAAAAAAAAAGUGCUAUCAAGUAGUAUAAGUAUUAGUAUUUCUGUUUUAUCAAGUAGUAUUAUUAAGAAUAAAUCCUUUCAGGGAAUAUUUGGUGUUAUUGUAAAUGUGGGGUUUGUAAUCUCAUCUUUGAUUUCUCUUUCAAGGACUUAAAUUAUGCAGUUGUAAUUGCCAA